AUCCGAGAGGCAUGUGUGGAGAAAUUAGUGUCAUGAAGAGAAGGAAGGGGUCUUCGCGCGCCGUUGCCGGAGAUCCGGCGGCGGUUAGCCGGAAGAGAUCCAAAAUCUCGUCCGAGUUUACCGGAAAACCGGACUUUUUCGAUUCGUUGCCGGACGAUAUCGUCUUGACCAUUCUCUCGAAUCUCAGCUCGAAGGCGGAGUGUCCGGCGGAUUUUGUUAACGUUUUAAUCACAUGCAAAAGGAUGAACGGGUUAGGUUUUCAGUCUAUAGUUCUAUCAAAAGCUUCUCGGAAAAUGUUAGCCGUCAAAGCUCGGAACUGGACCGAGUCGGCUCACCGAUUCCUCAAGCUCUGUGCCGAUUCCGGAAACGUUGAAGCUUGUUACAUUCUCGGCAUGAUUCGGUUUUACUGCCUGGAGAAUCGAGGAAGCGGAGCGUCACUUAUGGCGAAGGCGGCGAUUGCCUCUCACGCGCCUGCGCUUUACUCGCUCGCCGUCAUCCAGUUCAACGGCAGCGGUGGCUCGAAGAACGAUAAGGACUUGCGCGCCGGCGUCGCGCUAUGCGCUCGAGCGGCUUUUCUGGGCCACAUAGACGCGCUGCGCGAGCUCGGACACUGCCUCCAGGACGGCUACGGCGUGAAGCAGAGCGUGGCUGAGGGACGGCGGUUUCUGGUUCAAGCCAACGCUCGGGAGCUGGCUAGCGUGCUCGCUGCCACUCCGUCGGAUCCCAUAAACGGCGCGUGGCUUCCCUUGAUUCCGCUCGCCCACCAGCGCCAUCUCGCCGCCGGGGCGAGCUCCCCGUUGCUAAGCGAUUUCGGGUUUGACGUUCCGGGUCCGGACCCUCACCCGGCUAACCAGUUCCUAACCGAUUGGUUUGCGGCGAAGGAAGGGGUUCCGGGUCCGGGGCUCCGACUCUGCUCCCACGUGGGUUGCGGGCGACCCGAAUCCAGAAGACACGAGUUCCGCCGCUGCUCCGUCUGCGGCGCCGUCAACUACUGCUCCCGCGCUUGCCAGGCGAUGGACUGGAGGUCCCGCCACAAGUCCGGCUGCGCGCCGGCGAUGAGGUGGGGCGACGCCGACGGGGAAGGGGAGGACGUCGCGGGGGCGGAAGCGGUGGAUGCGAAUAACGGCAACGAGGAAGCCGUGGAGAUCGAGAAUGAUGACGUGGGGGAUAGUUGACCGUGACGGCAACGUGAGAGGGGUUUGAAUGAAAUACCGGCCGAAUUUUGGGGGUGCAAAUGGAAUUAGGAACAUUUCAUAUGGUCAACGUAUUGUAAAUGGGAAACAGAAUGAAAGUAAAGAUUUUCUGUUCAAAAAUAGAAAAAAAGAAAAAAGAAAUUACCCG